UACAAGAACUUGAAUCCAACAUCGUGUGUGCCUGUAGCGUAAAGACUUCUGAGCUGUGGUACAUUGAUUCUUCUACUACAAUUGCCCAAGAACUAGAACCCCUCCAUCAACUACAACUCGCUUCGUAGCUUCCGGCUUGCAAAACCAAAACAGACCGUCUCUGACUACGAGCCAAAGAACUACCGAACAUAGUCAUAGAUUAGAUUCGAAGUAAAAAUCGUCCACAAGAAAAAUGCUGACGUCCUUGUUCCUCCAGCCACUUGUGUGGCUCUUUAUUACGACCUCCCCCGACCCGAAUUUCUAUGUUUGGGCAGCAGUAGCAGCAGCAGCAGCGUCCUCGUCCGGGGCAGUUGAGGACGCCCUCGUGGACGUCGAGACGACAGCUGCGCGCGGAAAAAGCAGGAGCGGCCGGGAUGAUCGUGCUAGCGGCUCUCGAAUUCCUCGCCCCCGUAUUGGUAGGAAAGAAAUACCCAGUAAGAGUCGUACUAGAAGCAGCAAGAGCCCACUUUUGUUGACUCAUAGUACCAGCAUCUCCAAGAAAAACGACCUCCAUGGAGCGCAAGAAGGGCUGCCCGGCACCGUGGCGCGUAGUGUUGGCAAAGUCACUUCGUCUUCUUCAAAGUCGCCUUCUUGUACGACCCCUGCGGCACAACGGGGACGAUCCACAGGGCGCGGACCAGCAGCAGCACACGGUGGACCACCAGAGACGAUCCGCGAAGCGAAUACUAAACCGCCCUCGAGCAGAACUACUACAACAAUCCAACUGACAAUCGGUCUCAGUGGGGACAAACGGCACGAAAAGCUUUAUGAUUUGACAAAAACCACUGUCAAUGCCUUUCUCCAAGAAAACGGCAUUUCUGGCGCCUACAUGGUGAAACUAGAGGGGAAAUAA